CAAAGAGCUCAGCACUGAAUGAAGUGAAUCAGCCUCAGACUGCUAGAAUAGUAAGAACCUUUUCUCCCUGUCUCUCUCUCUCUCUGUGUGUCUGUCUGUCUCUACAAUCCCAUCUCUCCUUCUCUCUUUCCAUUUCUCCUCUUCUCUCUCUCACACACACUCAGACAAACGGCAGUAUACACUAUCCGUCCAUCCACUGCACAGCCCGGUGAGAGAUCAGCUGGACAGGGAAAAGCAAUAGAUCAUGUUCUCUGAAGCAGAUCCAGCACAGCUCUGAGACAUCAGCUUCUGAGAUGAGACUCCAUCCAUCCUAAUUCUCUGUCCUCAAGAUCUGGACAGAAACAAAACAAAAUAAGGACUUUAGAAAAACUCUGGACAUCACAUCUGGACAGGAUUCUUGAACCCAAACCAGGUCCACAGGGACUUACGAGGGUGCUUUGCCGUUUAUUUUUCUAUCUUGUACGGGGCUGGCGAAGGGGCCGGUGAAAGUUAGCCAAGACGCCGCGUGCCGUGCUCCGCGUGAAGAAUGCCCAGGCGCGUCUGCCCAAGCCGGUGGACACGGCGCCGGCACCUACGCCGGGCCUUUACAUGGAGCGCUCGCAGAGUCGCAUCAGUUUGUCUGCGUCCUUUGAGGCCCUGGCCAUCUACUUCCCCUGCAUGAACUCCUUCGAUGAGGACGAUGGCGACCCAGAGGGCCGCAGGUUAAAGGGCAUUCAGAGGAGUACAGAGACAGGGCUGGCCGUAGAGAUGCCCAGCCGUACGGUCCGGCAGGCGAGCCACGAGUCCAUCGAGGACAGUAUGAACAGCUAUGGCUCAGAGGGAAAUCUGAACUACAGUGGAAUGUGUUUGGCAUCAGACGCCCAGUUUAGUGACUUUCUGGAUGGGAUGGGACCUGCUCAGUUUGUGGGCAGACAGACACUAGCUACAACUUCAUUGGGAGAUGUUGAGAUCGGUCUGAUGGAGAGGAACGGACAGCUGGAGGUGGAGAUCAUUCAAGCUCGAGGACUCAUCAUGAAGCCUGGAUCUAAGGGCCCUCCAGCGGCCUACAUUAAAGUCUAUCUUUUGGAAAGUGGCAUCUGCAUUGCCAAAAAGAAGACAAAGUCUGUCCGGAAAUCCUUAGAUCCCCUUUACAAUCAAGUCCUUGUUUUUUCAGAGAGCCCGCAGGGGAAGGUUGUGCAGGUAAACUCGAUUUUUACCUUUUAUGAAGAAAAUGAGGGUUACUUGUGCAAAACUCCACCAGAGGAUGCAUCACAGGGAUUCCUCAGUGCUUAAAUAUUAAGCGUUAGGUGUUGUUUAGCAAGUAUGAGCGAUAGAAAUAGUGUUGCUUGCCUUAUAAAUCUGAAUCGAAUCAGCAAACUAAUCCUAGAAUACUUGAAUUUCUUAAUGCAUUUAACAUUAAGGUGUCAAGCACUUCAGAUGCAUCUGUCUGCUUGGUUAUUUAAAUGACAAAGAAAAUAGGCUCUAAUUUACGACAAAGUUUACCCACGUCUUUUUCAAUUUGGUGUAAUUUCUCUGUAGGUGACGUGAUGUCAGUGAAUGAUUAUUUCUUAUGCAUUGCCUCCAUCAUUUAGUUCCACUGCAGAGAGAACUGGCGGAGAAACAGCAAUGCAGUGAACGCUUUAUUUUUAGCAGCGCUGAAGGAAUAGAGGGAAACAUUUCAUAUCUCUCCAAAUUAGACAUUUUUUCUAAGGACCACAUUUAUGAAAGCCUGUCACAACAAACAUUAAAGGUUAGAACAGACUGCAGGAUGUUCAGGAUCAUCGGGUGGCGGGAAAAACAUCAUUUGCAUGUGUUUAUUCACUGAUGUACGGCAUCCUCCUUUCAAACAUCCGUCAUUAUUAUGUAAUGAAUCUCAGGGAACUUUCAGAUUGAUCUAGGCUAAGUUAUUCUCCAAAAUUUUCACACAUUCAUUAUCAUAUUUGGAAAUUCUAAUUAUUCAGUUUGUGCUGUAAGAUGGAUGAAUCACACAAAAUCUGUUAAGAAUGUACACGUCAUAUUGCGUCGAGAGAGAGAGAGAGAGAAAUUUGUAAUAAUAAAAAUGUAAUGUUUUAUUUAAAGCACAUUUCCCCCCAAUUCUAAUAAUUGUAAUACAAAAACACUGAAUUUCUAUUACUUUAAUAAAAAAAAAAAAUAUGAUGUACUAUUUUAAUUGUAAACGAAUUAUGCACCUUGAAUGAAUUUGUUGUGCUGGAUUUGAAGCUUUUUCAAAAAUCUUCAUGGAAAAAAGCUACUAAAAAUGCCCCCUUAAUGCUCCUAAAAUGAGAUUUAUUUUCU